AUGGACUCCAGCGCCACCCAAGAACUGAAACACAGAACCAAAGACCAACCUCAUCAACAAGAGGCCGUCACGGGCACCAACAUGAAGACUCAAAAGCAGCAGCAGCGGGCGUCGACGAUGCCAAGACGUGGCAUCCGAUCAUUGGCUGUAGGUAUUGCGGUCCCUCUAGCGCUCACCUUAGCCAACAUCUCUUGGUUCGGUUGGAAUCGGAGUUACAGGACUACCCAAAAGGCCUUCUGGAUCCCACCCUUGUGGGCUCUACAUUUGACAUGUCUGUCUUCAGCUUUCGUGAUGGGUUUAUCCGGCUGGUUGGUUUGGGCGGAAGGCGGGUUCCAUAAAAUGCCAAAAGCGAUGUGGUUUUACUUGGCUCAGCUGGGCCUGAGCCUAGCUUGGGACCCGAUAUUCUUCAGGAUGGGUGCCCCUAAGUUCGGGUUAUUAGUGUGUUUGGCUCAAAUGGCGACUCUCUUGUCUUGCUCUCGGAUGUUCGGCCGGAUAAACCAGACGGCAGGUGACUUGGUGAAGCUUUGUUUGGUCUGGUCCGGGUUUUUAACACUUGUCAACUUGUAUUUCGUAGUUUAA